AUGUUCACCAAAGUACUAUCUUUGAGCGCUGUUUUGGCGGUGGCUGCAGCUGGACUCUUGGCUGAGCCUCACUACUCCUCAGCUGCUGCUGUCUCAUCACAAAGCAUUGUGCGUCAUGACCAACCAGCUCACUACGCUGCAACACCUGUAGCUCACUACGCUGCUGCACCUGUAGCUCACUACGCUGCUGCACCUGUAGCUCACUACGCUGCUGCACCUGUAGCUCACUACGCUGCUGCACCUGUGGCUCACUAUGCUGCUGCUCCCGUUGCUCACUAUGCCGCUUCAGCACACAACAUCGUAUCUGCCCAUGAGGAGGAAUACGCUCACCCCAAAUACGACUUCUCAUACUCCGUAGCCGACGGUCACACUGGCGACAACAAGUCUCAGCACGAGAGCCGCGACGGUGACUCCGUGCACGGCGAAUACUCUUUGCUCGAAGCUGACGGUUCUGUGCGUACAGUCCAAUACACAGCCGAUGCCCACAACGGUUUCAACGCUGUGGUCAGCAACUCUGCCCCCGCCAAACACGCUACUCUUGCGCCAGCUCAAAGCAUUGUGCGUCAUGACCAGCCUCACGCUGUGGCCGCCGCACCUGUAGCGUACCACGCUACACCUGUUGCAUACCACGCUUCACCUGUGGCCUACCAGGCUUCUCCCGUCCAUUACUCUUCCGCCGCGGCUGUAUCUUCGCAAAGCAUUCAACGUCACGAUCAACCUCAAGCCACUGUUGCCCACUACGCUGCAACACCUGUAGCUCACUACGCUGCAACACCUGUAGCUCACUACGCUGCUGCACCUGUAGCUCACUAUGCUGCUGCACCUGUAGCUCAUUAUGCUGCUGCUCCCGUUGCACACUAUGCCGCUCCAGCACACAAUGUCGUAUCUGCCCAUGAGGAGGAAUACGCUCACCCCAAAUACGACUUCUCAUACUCCGUAGCCGACGGUCACACUGGCGACAACAAGUCUCAGCAUGAGAGCCGCGACGGUGACGCCGUGCACGGCGAGUACUCCGUGCUCGAAGCUGACGGCUCUGUGCGCACAGUCCAAUACACCGCCGAUGCACACAACGGUUUUAACGCUGUGGUCAGCAACUCUGCCCCCGCCAAACACGCUACUCAUGCGCCAGCCCAUAUUCUCGCACACCAUUGA